AUGAAAGUCUAUUUUCCCCUUUCUGCUGUUUUGUCUUAUGAAUCAUUGUCUCCUCAGUUUUGGGCAUUCACCACAUCAGUUUCCAUAAAUACUGAACCAACAUCCUAUACACAAGCUAUUCAACAGCCAAUCUGGUUUGAAGCCAUGGAUCAGGAACUUGCUGCCCUCGAGCUCAAUAGGACUUGGACCAUAGUUGAUUUACCUCCAAGCAAGAGACCAAUUGAAUGCAAAUGGAUUUACAAGCUCAAAUUCAAGGCUAAUGGAUCGGUUGAAAGAGUUAAGGCUCGGUUAGUCGCUAAGGGUUUCACCCAAUGCAAAGAGGCGGAUUAUAGCCUCUUCACCAAGUGCACUCCUACUUCAUUCAUCUCACUAUUCGUGUAUGUCGAUGAUAUUAUUCUCAUGAGCUCAGACACCAAUUCAAGCAAUGAUGUUAAGCAAUUUUUGGAGACCAAAUUUCGCAUAAAAAAUCUAGGUGUAUUGCGGUACUUCCUUGGCAUGGAAAUAGGUCGAACACAAGCUGGAAUUCAACUUUGUCAGCGCAAGUAUGCAUUGGAUAUCCUUGCUGAAACUGGCAUCUUAGCAGCCAAGCCAUCUCCCUUACCAAUGGAACCAAACAUCAAGCUCAAAUGGGAUGAAGGUGAAAGUUUUCAUGACCCAGCACUUUACAGAAAAUUGGUUGGAAAGUUGCUUUAUUUGGCUAACAUGCGACCUGAUUUGAGCUAUAAUGUUAACUUGUUAAGUCAGUUUAUGGAUACCCCAAGAGUGUCACAUUAUGAUGCAGUUCUUAAAAUUCUCAAAUACAUUAAGGGAACCCCAAGGCAGGGCAUUUUUCUUCAUGCUAAUUCCAUCAUGGAACUUGUCGCAUAUUCCGACGCAAAUUGGGCAAAUUGCCCAGACACUCGUCGCUCCACCAUAGGGUUUUGCGUAUUCAUUGGAAAUUCUCUAGUUUCCUGGAAGUCGAAAAAAUAG